CGCCCAUCAACUUACAUUGGGCGGGAGGCGGUCUUUUCGAACAUCUCACGAGUAGUUUAGUCCAUAGAUACAUUAUACCUUGUAGGGAACGAAAAAUACUGCACACAUUGCAGAACUGAAAGAUCUCACAGAGAAAAACGGCCACUGUCGCCGUGUGUCGCGUGGGUGCGGGCUACGCAGGAUUUUGUGAGGAGCGUGGGGUGCUCUGACCGUUUGUGUAACCGCCACUCACCAUGUCAUAUCGCCCGAGGCUGUCAGGCAAGAAAAAGUCGAAGCCAACGUACGAUAUAUCCAUAGAUUCACGCCGCGCCCACUAUCGCCGUCGUUCUCGGCAGGAUUCCCUGGCCGUCCUCUCCGAUGGGACGACGUUGUCCCAGUUGUUUGUGCCAGCGAGGCCAGGCCAAGGCGGAUUCUCGGUGGGCGCACACAAUGACGAAGGAUCACAAUCCGCUCAGCCAACUUCUCCCGUCGACCGGGAUGACUUCGCUACGCAGGAGGAUUGUCAAACAAAUGCAGAGCCUGCUUCCACACGCCACGCCAGGAUGCGGCAGGAUCAAGCGAAUGCGUGGAUAUCCAAGGUCAUACCCCAGCUCCGACCCAUCUUCCUCGACCUACUGCAUCGCACAACUCAGCUACGGAAUAUGGAGAACGCCGUUGCGCUCUCCAGGCCUUGCAAGUGCGGGGUGCAAAGAGAGUUGAAGGUUUUUCUGCUCACAUGGCAUGAGAUUGAGGAAGUUACUCUCAACACAUGCCCAUGCUGUCGCGCGACGCACCAGCUGGUUUCACGGGGAUUCUUCCCUAGUUCUCCGGUGGAGCCUCGACUGGGUGUCGAUAUGCGGCUCUUGGAAUUCGCGUCAGAGCUCUCUCUCAACAUGGCUCCAAACAACCGAGCCUUCACGAAAUCCGUUGAGAGCUGUCUGGAUACCUUGGGAUUCAAAUUGCCAAAUCGGGACGCGAUUCGAAGACAGUUCAGCAACGCCCAUGAGUGGUAUAACUUUCUACGUCAUCAGGUUAACCACCAACUGGACCACAUCCUGGAUGCGAUUCGGGAGGAUCUCGUCGCGGAGGAGAAGGGGAAGACUCAGGACAAACGUCCUGCCACACCCAUCGUUGCGCAUCUUGUUCCUCCAGACCAGACACCCAAUCCCUUGCCUCGCAAACGUGGCCGAGAUAUAUUUGACUCCUCCCUGCCCAUAUCCCUGACUAAGCGCAGCCGGCAAACGCACUACCCAUUACCUACUUCCUCAGCGCCUCCUUCGCGCAGGUUGUCACCAGCUCGUGCAUCAUUCCCUCCCUCCUCCCCUCCUGCGUCCUCCACAGCACCAAUGACAUCACCAGCUCGUCCAUCAGCAUUGUCCCUCCCACCCUCAUCCCCUGCGGCAUCCUCUUCAGGCCAGGAUGAUAGGAACGGGUAUCCAUUUGCGCCUCCGCCAGAGCGGGAUCGACCGAGCGAGUAUCUGCGCAGUCGGUGCCCUGCCUGUUUUGGCGGCAAAUGGGAAGAUGCACGAUUGGCAUUGGCUUGCAUUCUUUGCGGCGAUGCCAAUUUCACGCAAAAGCGGAACAAGGAUCGGGGCAGGCGGGAUCCAUCGCGCAGCCACCCCGAAUCCUCAUUCGUUUCUGAUGAUCUGACUGCGGGUAUGGCCGAAUGGGUGGAAGGAAUCCGGCCACACAAGGCUGCGUCCAAGGCUGCUGCACCUGAAGGGGAUGAUGUUAUUGAGGCACCGGACAUCCCUCUCCCCCGUUCUGUGCUCAACGAAUGCGAGCGUUCGUUUGCCGCCGCCGAUGAGGCCAGGACGACAGUCAACUCUGCCUUCUUUGACGACAAGGGCUUGAUGGGUAUAUCCUGUCGCCACGACAACCUCCUCUUUUUGGCCAACAUCAAAACGCCAGGCGAGAGGCAGUUCUAUAUGUUUGCGUUGUUGGAAGCCAUUUUCCAGCACUUGCCCCGCCAUUUCGUGAUCGGAUUCCUGUAUGAUAUCGCUUGCCAGUUGCAGCGAUCUGCAUGCAAAUACGGUUUCCUUCCCCCCGAAUACAUGGAACGCAUGCAAUGGGCUGUUUCCGUGCUCCAUUCUUAUGGUCAUGGCGCAGCUUGCCAAGCCACUUACCAUCCGAGGCGCAGAACUCUUUUUGGGUAUUCGGACGGUGAAGGGCUAGAGCGAUUCUGGCAUUCCUUGAGCCAUUUGGUAUCUUACCUGCGGGUUUGUGGUUAUCAUAAGCGACGUUACACAUUGGACGCACAGAUAGUUCGCUUGCAUAAGAACAACCUGAAGAAACUAGGCAGUUGGUUGGCGCGCCGUUACUUAGACUGUGCCGACCAUCACCGCCAUGCACAGGCGGGCUUGGAUGAGAUUCUCAAGAACCGCGCAGAUGGAGGGCUGAAGAUUGAAAUGGAGCUUCUCAGAAGUCAGCAUAAGAAACAAGUCGACACGCUUGCCAAGCCACUUCCCCCCUGCUACGCGCCCCCAUGUGCCCCAGCUUGCCGUACCUACGUGGAAAUGCACUGGGGUGUUAGCUGAGACCAUAGCUACCAGUACAUGGUGUCCCAGCUUCAAUGGCUGAGAAACGCACCCCAAAAAUACAAUUUUUCCCCACAGCAUUGCACACUGCAAGCUUGCUUUACCUAUGUAGAAAUGACCUGAGGUGGUACCCCCAGACCAUAGCUACCCAUAUGUAGUCUCCCAGCUCCAACAGCCCAAAAAUGCAUGCCAAAAAUGCAAUUUUUCCCCGGCGCUACGCGCCGGACCCCCUGACACCCCUCCCCAGGCGGGCCCGCCCAUGGUCCCAACUCGGCACACUGAUGUCCCCACGGAGUAUCCAUGGGCCCACCCAACGGUCCCAAGCAUUCUGGUUCCCAAUGCCCAGGUCCUGCUUAGGUCAAUUAUCCACCAUUUACUAAUUGACCUAAGUAGGUAUGGAUGGGUACUGUCCAAGGUGGGUUCUGACCACAUCCAGCCCCUGUGGUGGUUGCAACCACCCACUCGAGCCAGCAAAGGGUGAUUUUCUAUUCCGGCCUACAGCUAGCUGUGGGGCCAGAUACAGCACCCUCCACUCAGUAUGAUCUUGAUGCGCCCCCAUUGUACUUGUCUACAAGCUGAACAGCC